AUGGGUCGCAUGCACGCACCGGGCAAGGGUAUUUCCCGACGAGCCCUUCCUUUCAAGCGCACUCCCCCGAGUUGGCUCAAGGUUUCCUCGGCCGAUGUCGAAGACCAGGUGUGCAAGCUCGCUAAGAAGGGCUUGACACCCAGUCAGAUUGGUGUCAUUCUCCGUGAUUCUAAUGGUAUUGCGCAGGUCAAAUUUGUCACGGGCCAAAAGGUUGUUCGCAUCCUCAAGGCCAACGGAUUAGCUCCGGAAAUCCCGGAAGAUCUGUACAUGCUUAUCAAAAAGGCGGUCCAAGUUCGUAAACAUUUGGAGCGCAACCGCAAGGACAAAGACUCCAAGUUCCGACUCAUUUUGAUCGAAUCGCGUAUUCACCGAUUGGCUCGUUACUACCGAACCACCCGUAAACUUCCUUCCAACUGGAAGUACGAGUCCGCCACGGCCAGUACCAUUGUCUCGUAA